UUUAAUUUAUGAAUAAAGAUCAUCUAAUUUAUGGUCUUUGUUUCAGUAUAAUUCCAUGUCUGAUUGCUUUCACUAAGUUGAAAUUGGACGAGAAGAAAUUUCUAAUGAAAGAGUAAUUAUAUAGAAAAAUGUUGUUAAACUCAAAUGAGUUGCAAUAAAAAAAGACAGAAUAAUAGCAAAAGAAUUUGAAAAGUGAAGCCGAAUUAGGUGAGACCAUAGAAUAUAAUUUAAUGAAUUCAUUAAUAAAAAAUAAUAAAUCUAGAGUCAGAAAAAUAUGUUUAACAGGAGGUCCUUGUGCAGGUAAAACGACAGGACUCAAUUACUUAGCAGAGAAACUGAAAGAGAGAGGAUUUGCUGUAUUUUUAGUACCUGAAGCAGCAACAACAUUAUUUAUGGGUGGUGGUAUGUUAGAUUUAGAUAAUUAUUCAAGUGAAGGUAAAAUGACAUUUUAAAUGAAUUUACUAAAUUUAUAAAUGAAGUUAGAACAUAGUUUUAACGUACUUGCAAUGUUAUGUCCAGCAAAUAAGACUCCUGUAUUAUUAUGUGAUAGAGGCUUAAUGGAUGGUAAGGCAUAUAUGGAUUAAACUGAAUGGUAUGAAAUGAUUGGGAAAUAUAAUUUAGAUGAAUUCUAAAUGAGGGAUUUAAGGUAUGAUGCAGUUGUACAUAUGGUGACAGCAGCAGAUAACACUGAUUGUUAUAGUACUCUUAAUAAUAAAGCUCGUCAUGAAACUUAAUAAUAAGCUUUAUAAAUGGAUCAUAGAACUCAAAAAGCUUGGACUGGACAUCCAAAUUUAAUUAAAAUUGAUAAUCAUAGUGUUUAAUCUUUUAAUGAAAAAUUAGAUUGGUUGCUUCAUGAAGUCUUAAGAGUUUUAGGCCAUCCAAUUCCAUAAAAAGUUAUUGGAAAAACUAGAUAAUUUAUUUUAGCAGAAGAUAUCAAUUUUAAUUAAUUGAAGGAGGUAUGAAUAUUUCUUAUUUAUUUAUAUAGGAUCAUUAAAUUGUUGAAAUUAAUAAAACUUAUUUAAUUCCAUAAUAAGAGAAUUCUACUCUUCUUUUAGUUUAAAGAACACAUGAAGGACAAUCCUAAUUAUAUAUAAAAGAAAAGUUUUUUGAAAAAGAUAAAAUGGUUAAGGCUAAUAUAGUCAAACUUCAAAAAAAAGAUUAUGAAAUCUUUAGAAAAUUAGCUCAUCCUGAAUUUGCAAUAAUUAAAAUUAAAAAAGUCUGUUUUACUUAUGAAGGUUAAAACUUUAUUGUAAAUGAAUAUGAAGAUGUUGGUUAAUUUUUAAAAAUUAAAAAUUGUAAAUAAGAUGAACAAAUCUAAACUCCUCCUUUCCUUAAUAUGUAAGGUGCAGAAGAAUUAUAAAAAGUAAUUAUUUAUUUAAAAAUUUAGAAAUUUACCACUAGAGUCUUAGCAAAAGAAAAGGUAGAAUUAAAAUUUCAAACUGUCAACUAAAUAAUAUUUAGAUUUAGGAAAUUGUCGACAGCUGAGGAUUCAGUCGAAAAAGUUUAAAGAUAAGACUAAGAACCCCCUGAAGACUUUUAAUUAGAUUAAUAAUAAAAUAAAGCAAAACCAAAAAAAUGAUUUAAAGUAUAUGUCCACAUAAUAAACUCUUGUUUUAACUUUUCUUAGGUUUCUUG